AUGAGGAUCGAGGACGUCUAUCACGAGAUCAGUCACCUCCAGGUACUGCGUCGCCCACUGCCGCUGAAGUUCGACCCAGCGUGGAGAAACCAAAAUAAGUAUUGCAGGUUUCACGGUGAGAGAGGACAUAUGACCACCGAAUGUUUUGACCUAAGGGAUGAGGUCAAGAGGUUGAUCCGGGAAGGGAGGCUCGGUGUGUACCGAGCCAACCAACGGGGCAACAACAAUCGGAGGAACAACGACCGACGGGAGGACCAAAGGCAAGACCAUCCCCCCGAACAUGUUGACGUGACAAGGACGAUCUUCGGAGGGCCGUAUCUUGGCAGUACCUCUCGCUGUACACAGACAGAGUACGCAAGGGAGGCAAAGGAAAAGUUCAACCAGAGGAUCAUGAGUGUGUCUGGCAGAGAGGCGAAGGCCGCAAGAUAUGAAGAGGCCGAGAUAACGUUCUCGGAGGCGGACGCAAAUGGGGUGCAUUUCCCCCUAAGUGACGCCCUAGUAGUGGAGGCCAUGAUAGGUAACCACACGGUCUGCCGCAUCCUAGUGGAUAAUAGCAGCUCGGUAGAUAUUAUGUAUGCCGAUUACCUCGACAAGAUGGGGAUCCCUCGAGCGAGACUGCAGAACAACACGCAACCCCUGUAUGGCUUCACCGAGGAUUGCGUCAUUCCUGAGGGAAUGAUAGAACUACCCAUGACAAUUGGUGACCAGCCACACACCUUGACCAUUAUGUCACGGUUCUUGGUGGUGAGGGGAGGUGACCAAUACAACGCUGUCAUAGGGUGCCCGACACUGAGGGCAUUGAAAGCAGUCAUAUCAAUCUAUUAUCAAAUGAUGAAAUUUUUGAAACCCAGCAAAAUCAGAAGAGUCAGGAGAAACCAGUAA